GGCGUUGAACUGUUGUUGAAUGCAGCUGUCCUGUCAUCACUUCUCUCCGCUCCUCUGCUGGUAACGCGCGACCCUUAAAAGAACAAAAUAUUCUCUAAUAAGCAUAAGUCUCAUACACAAUAUAGCAUUGACGUGAAUGUUUUACUAUGGAAUAAAAUAGCUGUUAAUUAUUAGGUGGCGAACUGCAGUUGAGGAGAAACUUCAGAGGUCUUCCGUUGCACCGCUCUGCGCGUGCUGGAGGUGUAGAUGCGCGUGAGCGGCGCCGGUUUUUUCUCACGACUGCGGAAUGUCAUAUAUGAAGUGGACGAAUUUAAAUAAAACAGGGCCAUAGGAAGGCAGUCCGGUCAGUGGUCUCUCCACCUUCGAGGUGUGGUCUCUUUCCAGAAGCGUUAAAAACUAGGCUGCGCGCGAUGCUGAGCGCGAGAAGGUAUUCAGCAGAGAAGCGCGUGAGACUGGCCUGGUCUGCCAGGCACGAGCGGUUCAGCGCACCGCGCUCUCCAAGCAAGAGCAACAUCCACCUGCCGUCUGUGUGUCAAGUGAAGUCAGUGUAAGAUCAGUGCUGAGAAUGGGUGCUUUAAAGGGUGAAGGUGCUUUAGAUAGUGGAUGGGGAUGGAUGAUUGUGGUGGCCUCUUUCAUGGCCCAGUUCCUGUCCUUUGGAUCCCCCCAGUCCGUUGGGGUGUUGUACCCCAAGUGGCUCAGUGCCUUCCAGGAGGGAAAAGGCAUGACGGCUUGGGUGGGAUCCAUGGUGUCUGGUGUGGCGCUCAUCACAAGUCCGGUGUGCAGUGCUUGUGUGGAUAAUUUUGGUGCACGGCCAGUAACUGUCUUCAGCGGUGUGAUGGUGGCUGGAGGUCUGAUGCUGAGUGCUUUUGCUCCAAGUGUCUCUUUCCUCAUCUUCUCCUAUGGCAUUGUUGUUGGCAUUGGCUGUGGACUUGUCUAUGCUGCCACACUGACCAUAACCUGCCAGUACUUUGACAAGAGGCGUGGCCUAGCACUGGGCAUUGUCACCACAGGUACAAGUGUGGGCGGGUUCACUUACGCCACACUCCAGAAUGAGCUCAUUGAGUUGUUUGGAUUGGAGGGCUGCCUGCUUAUCAUCGGAGCGCUGGCGCUCAACUUGAUGGCAUGUGCUGGGCCAAUGCGACCUUUGAACUUACCUGGUUACUACCUAAAACAGAGAGCUGCUCUACAGCGUACAGAGGAACCAGAAGCACUCUACACCAAACCUACUGCCAUUAUCAUUGACUCUGAUCUCAAAACCACACUUAGCUCAGCCGAUAACACAGCCACCAUUAAGCUUUUGAUCCUCAAGGAACCCACAGAGCUGCAAGACAGUGAAGGGGAAAGAAAAGGUGGGAUAUUGUCCUGUUCAGUUGUAGCACGAGCCAUCAAGAAGCGAAUGAGUCCCUAUGGACGGUACCUGUGCGAGGCUGUAGAGCUCCUACAGGACCGUGUCUUCAUAGCUUUUUGCAUUGCCAUAUUCCUGUUCAGCUUAGGGGCGUUCCCACCUGUGCUCUUCAUGGAGGACGUAGCCCAGAGCGAGGGGCUUAUUGACGGGAUUGCACUAAUACCCCUUGUCUCCAUCGUUUCAAUGACAGCAGGCAUUGGUAAGCUGGGCCUGGGCAUCCUGGCAGACAUGCAAUGGGUGAACAGCUUGUACCUGUACGCCCUGACGCUGACAGGCACAGGAGUGGCUCUGCUUCUUAUUCCUGUGUCUAAAAGCUACAUGGGUCUGCAAGUUCUGUCGGCUGUGGUUGGAUUUUUCUCAGGGAACUGGUCUCUCACAUCCUAUAUCACUACCAAGAUCGUGGGCCUUGAACGACUCAGUCAGGCUCAUGGCAUUCUCAUGUGCUUCGGAGGGUUUGGAAUCACCCUCGGGCCACCUGUUGUAGGUUGGUUCUUUGACUGGACUCAGUCAUAUGACUUGGCAUUCUACUUCAGUGGCACUUGUGUUUUAGUGUCUGGUUUGUUUCUGUUCUUGGCCACUCUGCCUUGCUGGAACAGGACGUCAGAGGAGGCAAAUUCUCCUGCAAAAGAGGACAUCAACACUUUUCAACAGCCCACUCUUGAUUGUGACAAAGUAGCCUCUGUGGCUUGAACAAUGUCUUAAAGGUCUUUAACUGACCUUGGCCUUAACAAUCUGCUAAACAUGUAUAAGAUUGUCUUCCUUUUCUUACAGUUUUCUUACCUGGUACAGUUUUGCCUGGGUACUUCUCAUGGUGCAAAACGUUUUCUUUCCUUUAGUGCGAAAAGGUUUUAUACAUGCCCCAUGAACCUUGUCAUUAUUUAAGAGAGCAUGUAUUAAUUUUUCUUAGAUACUUAUAUAAAGACUGCCUCAUUUUUGAGGCUUAUAUAUAGCAGAAGUGGUUUGCUAAUAGUAUAUCGAGUAGAUUGUUUACUGGACACAGAAGGUGUUUGUUUUUUUUGUAGCUCUUGAUCACUUGAAUUGUGUAAACUUUACUUUCUUAGAGGGUCUCACUGUGUUGCAUGUGGAUAUCACCGACCUGUGAACAUACAUUACCAUUAAUGAGAACAUUUCUGACGAAAGCUUCAGAGAAUUAUAUGAUUUGUGAAUAGGAUUUUUUUCACGGCACUUACCAUGAAAAGCAUUGAAAAAAAUGAAAAUCCAAAGAUUUUUAAUUAGGCUAUUUCUGG